AUGUCAUUAGCAUCAGUUUCAACAGCAUUUUAUCCGGUAAUUCGUGGAAUAACACCGAAACCUGCUCCGCUCCCCGUCCCACCACGGCUCUUCCAAUCCUCCAUUCCCGCAUUUUUCGUAGUUGCCCUUAGAACGAUCUGGGGCAAAAGUGCGCACCUUGGCUGGUUGAUCGAUGCUCGUGGAUCUGGAGAACCUCAAAGCACGGCGUGUGGAUUGCUUAGAAAAGGCAAAAACAAGAGACGCGUGCCCCCUGAUAAGCGGAAACGCACCGAAGUUAGUUGCGAUAAAUGUAAAUCGCGGAAGCAGAAGUGCGACAGAGUUCAAGGUCAAUCGGCUUGUCGGUACUGCCAAUUAAACGGAAUCGCAUGCAGCACCAACCUCCCGCGCAAGCAGCGGAUAUAUGGCAGCGAUGAGACCCUUCGCAGCAAGCUAGCCCUUCUGGAAUCCCUCGUCAAGGCCCUUGUGCCAGACGCUAACCUGUCCAGCAAUGAUGAGAUGAUCAAAUUGGGAAAAUCUCUAGGAAUUUCACUUCCGAAUGAUGGCACGGGGGCCGACGUGGAGGUGGAGGAGGAGGAGAAGGGCGAGGAAGGGGGAAAGAAGAAAGAGAAGAAGGUCGCCAAUGCCCACGAAGAAGAAUAUACUGUUUCGCUGUUCCCUGAUCAGCAGGGCCAAAUCCAAUACAUUGGCCCUUCAAGCUCAUUUGAACUCCAUCGGAAAUUGCGGAUGCUGUUGGGAAGCUACGUGAGCUUCGAGUUCACGAUGUUCGGCCACAACGCCGCUGACCAGCCUAGCACAUCGGACACAUCCAGCGACCCCCAAAUGGGUAGUGGGAGGGAUCUGCGAGAAAGCAGGGAGUUGAGUAAUGUGCCCAGCGACUGUAUUUCCCUUUCAUACCUCCUGAGGCACAGCGAUGGGGCCAUCCUGGAUCCGCUGGUAGAUGCCUUCUUUGAUAUAAUACACUCUGACUUCCCGGUCCUGCAUGAAGGCUCAUUUCGCGAGUCGUACGAAAUAUGGUCCGCGACAGUCUCAACUACAGAUCCUGCCUGGUUGUGCGCUUUAGUAUGUGUGCUAAUCCUAUCCCAUCGAGUCGCCCCCAUUACAGUGUCGAACGAGACAGAGAGGCGAUGGUGGCGAUACGUUCAAGCACUGCUCCCAGCCGUCCUCUUUACGACCAACCUCUCCACCAUCCAGGCUCUCAUGCUAUCGGCAUUGCAUUUACAUAAUACAAAUCACCGAGACGCCUGCUGGAAUCUUACUGGAACGGCAAUUCGUGUCGCCUUUGCCAUCGGGCUACAUCGUGACGACGUCAAACACCUACAAGGCCCUUUACGAAGGGAGCUUGGGAAACAGCUGUGGUGGACAUUAUAUGCAUUCGAGUUAAUGCAGGUUUCAUCGUACGACCGGCCAAGCGCCAUCGGAGAUAUGGUGACAUCGACCAGCCAUCUAAAUGAAAGGAUUAUAGGAUUUGCGGGACAUUACCCCCAGGACUUUAUGAAAUGGUCGCAGCAGCUUGUGCUGCUCUUGGCGUCGACGUGCAAAGCGUUAAAUCAAGCGGGGACGGGGAUCCUGUCGGGUGAAGAUGCGUACAGAAGGCCGCUCUCCCCGGAAGCUGGUAUUCUGUGCGACCUUGGCCGGUGGAAGGAGAAUCUUCCGCUUCACUUGCGCCUCAAGGUUACGGAUUCGCUGGCGCCAUCCUCUCGUCGACCCGUACUUUUGCUUCAUGCUCAGUAUAACUAUGUAGUAGUGUUGAUCGCUAAGCCAGCUUUGCUGCGCAGGGCAACCAGUUCAUCCAAGGUUGUCAAGGUGCAGUUGCCACAAAGCCUAUACACAGUAUCGGAAACAUGCGUUGAAUCCGCACGGGCCCUGGGAUCAAUUAUGUUGAAGUUGGAAGCUUACGAUCAGUUCAAUGCGUUGACCUGGUGGGACAUUUUUUAUACCUUAAUAUCCUCAAUGGCCCUGGUGCUGGACAUCUUUUGCCGCGUCAAUCAACAUGGGCGCUCUCGGGAUUCAUUGGGUUCGCAAGCGUUGCUUCGAGAACUUGCAGGCCUAAUGUCGAGGCAGCUCCAGAAUCCAAGACUGCCAGGUACCAUGCGGACGUGGGCCGCGGUAGUGGUGGAACUCAACUCAAUGACGGAGCGUUUGGGAUCGAUGCCUCAGUCUACUAUCGCCUCAAGUGAGGCUUCGGGAGAUCGGCAUGUCUUGGACACUGGGAGUCCGUAUUCAUUCCCGAUUAACCCGACAGGAAACAGUCCGAUUGAACCCAUCACUUCCAACGAUUUCAACCUUGCAUGUUCUCCGAUGAUCGCCGGCAUGGACAACAAAGUAUGGCCGACCGUCUCGCGAAAAUAA